UAUUAUUCGUCUUGAUUUCGACCUUUAUUUUCCUCUAGGGAUUGUUGUGGUUGGGUUUAAACAUGAUUUAUAUGACUUCAUUCUUCAUAACAUGGGAAUUGGAGCUUCUAAAGUGCUAAGUUCUAUGUUAAUUAUCUCUAAAGACACAUUGUCCUGAACAAUGUAAUAAUUUGGUAACAACAACAACAACAUGCCCAAUAUGGUCAGUAGCGGAGCCAGAAUUCUUACUAAGGGGGUUAAAAAAUAUAAAGAAGUAAACACACGAAGAAGCCAAGGGGGUUCAACGUCUACUUAUAUACAUAAAAAAUAAUUUUAAUCUUGUAUAUACCACUAAUUUUUCGCUGAAGAGGCUUGAACCCCCUAGACCCUCACUGGCUCCGCCCCUGAGUAUGUCCCACAUGGUGAGGUCUGGGGAGGAGGAGGGUAGAGUGUAUACAGACCUUACACCUACCUUGUGGAGGUAGAGAGGCUGUUAUAACCAAUCAUAUAUAUAUAUAUAUAUAUGUGAAACUAUUGAACACAAAUACACAAUUACCCGCUCAAUUUUGAGUCCAAAAACACAUACUUGCAGAACUAAGAUAACAAUUCUGGAUUUUCCAGAGCCAUGCAUGAUUGAAGUGACAAAACUUAAUGUCUCUGACCUAGCAAAUGCGAUUGUACAGUACUGAGUGUUUCAUGGGUACAUGAUAUAAUUGGAUGACUUUGACAAAGAUGAUCAUGAAAGAAUUUGGGUGCUUUAGCUUUUUGCUAGUACUUUGUAUUUCCUGUAUAAAACCUCUACUUACUCACUCCAAAGUCAAUAUGAAAGAAAAUUGUAAAGUUUGGACUAAGUCACUUAUUUUCACCUUUUUGCUGUGUGGGAGAGGCUUGGGACAAGCAGAAGUGGAAUGGAAGGACCGAUAAGGAUGCAAGGUGCUUUAGCUGAUGCUCCGAUUGACGAGUGAGUCGCCUGACGCCGUGUCUUUUCCAGCUUUCAGGAGAAAUAUGGCUGAACUUCUCGCCAUGGCCAUGGCUGUUGAUGAUGAUGACAUGAAAGAUGGCAAUGUUAGUGUUUCUUCGCUUGACCUCAAUCCUAUAGGUAGCAACGAGAGUGGAUAUGUGCCGCCUUCACCUGAGGACGUAGCAUGGGCUGACUCAUGCCUUAUUAAUGAUCUUGCUAUAUCGGACCAUGGCGUGGAUUGUUCGAAACAUACCUUACCGGAUGCUUUUACAAUCUUUUCUGCAGUGAUGAGGGAUGAAUCUCCUCAACAAUCUCGUAUUUUCCGCACAGUCGAAGAGACAGGAAUUUCAGGGAUUGUAGAUGACACGAUUUAUGACAAAGAUACAGAAAGUUUUUGGUCCAGGAUUAACUCAGAAGAUGAUUUUUCCCCAGCCUAUAAUGAGGACCUGAGAUUAGUUGAAGCCUCCGAUUUUGAAGUAGAUUCGGAAAAUUUGGAUGACGACAUAUUCAAGGUCUGGGAACUUGACAUUCCAGAUGAGGAAGAUAUGCUUGUUAAACUGCUCAACAAAGCCCUUGCAGGAGACUUGACCCCUUCAGGUUCUGAAAAUCUUGGAGUAGUGGACGAUAAGUUACUUGAUGAUAUUAUUGCUGGCCUCGGUGACCUGUCUUUGAAUCCAUCCAACCACUGACUAAGUUAUGUUGCAAAUCCAAAAUUCUGGUCAAGAGCAUGCUGCUUUAGAUGCAAAGCUUGAGUAGUUUAAACAAAAUUCAACGAAUCGGUUUUGCAGCUUACUGUUUCUAACUUAUUUUCUGGUAGAAAGAGGGUGGUAUCAAACAUAAAUUUGCAGAUGUUGUUUGUUUUAGUUACUACCCUUAUUUAGCUUGAUUAUCAAGUGGCAACUAGUGUAAGAUAACAGGCUUUUGUCCUUAAACUUCCCUUGUGUAUAGGUAUAGAUUACUUAGGUAAUGCUUUCCUUCCUUUGGACUGGAGUCUAUUAGCUGAUGCAAGAGAUUGGGCUUUAGCUUUA